CUGUUCACAGCAUUGACACUGCGCCCAUAUUAAAUUCUGUGACAGUCCAAUAAUGUCCAAGUUUGAUGCCAGAUUUGUAAUUGCAGGUUCUGUGUUGCUUUGCGCCCCUGUGGAGCAUCCAAGGGCGCAGCAACUCAGAUUGUAAAAACCUCACACACGUUUCCCCUCAAACACUCUUUUGUCCCUCCGAGCUUAACUCCUUGCGUACACGGCGAGAAAGUUUGCCCACAAAUAUCUGUGGCACGGAUGGUUGUUCCCUUUCAUAGUGGUCCCAUUGUCCCCGCACUGCAUUCUGGGGCUCCGUGUGACACCUGCCGCCCAGUUCAGGUAAACGGGAGGCGGUGAAUACCCGCCGCAUCCGAGCCGCUCAGGUCGGAUUUCUGCGCCUUUUUUUUCUCUUCUUCUUUCUUUCUUUUGGUGCAAAGGAAGCGACAGCGGGGGUUUCCUCUCUCUCCAUCGUUUUCUAUGCCUGAGGUAUUGUUGCAUAUCGCCUCUCCGGAGCUGAACGGGACAGUGCUAUGAGGACUCUCCCCAAAAGCAAAACUUGCGAAGUGUACUCCGUCUCUGGGCAUGGACACUCAGGCUGCUCCGCUGCACAGGGAGAGGGGGAGUUAAAGGAGCCCACCCAGUCGCUGAGCCCCCCCACGAAGCCUGAGGAUCAAGCAGAGAAGAGGGCGGAAGAGGGGAAAGCUCCGGCCUGUGGCUCCUGGAGGAGGUGGAUGUUAGGUCUCCUGCCUUUCUUCCCCUUCACUGCCGCCAUUGCACUGACCCUCCACUACUUAACAUCUCCGCCCUCCUCUGUGUUCUUCCUCGGAGGCAGCGUGGAGUUCCCAAACCUGAGCUUCUCCUCAGAGCUGACUGACUCCACCUCCCCACAGUUCCGCCUGCAGGCUCAGGCUUUGAACCAUUAUUUCUCAGAACUCUACGAGUCUUCUCCGUGGAGCUCCUACUACCUGCGCUCAGGAAUUACUGCCUUCAGUGAAGGAGCAGAAGGGCUCAAUGUCUUCUACUGGAGUAAAUUCUCCGCCCCAGACGAUGUUGCUAUGGCGAUCCGGUCGUCCAGCCCGGAGAGGCUGCAGCGCAGGCUUCCCGGCAGCCACAAGAUGCAGUGGGACAGCCGCAACGGGCAGCGCUACUACAUGGAGCGAGAUGACGACAUGCUCCACCUACUGGGUCUGGACCCUGACGACUUUGAAUCAGAAGAAAAAUCAGACAAGAUUAAGAAUCCAAAUAGCAUCCAGAGUGGGAAGUGGCAGCUUGGCUUCCAAGCAAUGUCCUUUGACCUCUACGCCAAAUAUGGCAACAACCGCACCCUGAGCCUCGUGAGUCCCAAGAAGCCGUACUACCAGUGGCGUCUGCGCGUGCCGUCGGGUCACGUAGUUCGACUAGUUAUCCUCACCCUGCAUGGUGCCACGCCAGGAAGCUGCACUGCCCACAAGCUCUCAGCCUACGACUUCCUGCUUCCUUUACAGAACAAGAUCAUUGCCAGGUGGUGUGGGCUGCCUGUCUCGGGUUCGUCUCCAGUCAUGAAGCUGACAUCCUCUGGGAAUGUCAUGUUAGUCACCUUCUCCUUCAGCAGACAGAGGGAUGGAGCAAUCUUCAAAGCAUACUUCCAGGCCAUCCCGAAAGCAGGUUGUGGAGGGUCAAUUUCCUCUUGGAACGGCUCCAUUUCCUCACCCUACUACCCUUCCUAUUACCCUCCAAAUAUAGACUGCACCUGGACACUGCGGGCGCCGUUGCCAGGAUACCUGAUCUCCAUGACGAUUGUGACGAUGGACAUUCAGGAUUCCUUGUCAUCAGACGGCUGUGAGAAAGACUGGCUGGAUGUUGGAGGGGUCAAACUAUGUAACCCGGUAUCAGACAGCAGCAAAAAGCGAGUGUACUCCUCUCCUCUCUCCCUCCACUUCCACUCCGAUGAAUCUCUCACUCACAAGGGCUUCUACUUGCUCUACCGAGCCUUCUCUCCAGAGGGCACGUGUCCUCGCCAGUUUCGCUGUGGGGAUGGGCGCUGUAUCCCUCUGAGGAAGGUGUGUGAUGGAGUGAAAGACUGCUCAGAUGGACGCGAUGAGGCUAAAUGCUCAUCCUGCAGGCCAGGGGAGAUGUUGUGUGGUAAUGGCCAGUGUAAGCCUCAAAGCAGCCAGUGUGUCAGUCAGAGCACCUGUGCAGACAGCAGUGAGGAGGGCACCUGUGGAGGUAAAUGUUAUCACGUGUGUCCCAACAAGGUGUGUUUGCCAAAGUCUUCAGUGUGUGAUGGUGUUACUGACUGCAAAGACCGUAGUGAUGAACUCAACUGUACCAGAGCGUAUCUGAAAGGCUGUUCCUCGUCCUCAUAUAAAUGUGCCAAUGGAAAGUGUGUUAGUAAGGUCAACCCUGAGUGUGAUGGAACAAAAGACUGUUUUGACGGCUCUGAUGAGCUGCGCUGUGGCUGUGGCACCAGGCCCAGAAAACGUACUAAGAUAGUGGGAGGCUCUGACGCCGGAGCUGGGUCGUGGCCAUGGCAGGUCAGCCUCCAGAUGGAUCGCUAUGGCCACGUCUGUGGAGCCACCCUGGUCUCCAACCGCUGGCUCAUCUCUGCAGCUCACUGCUUCCAGGACUCAGAUGCCAUUAAAUACUCAGACGCUCGUGCAUGGCGGGCCUACAUGGGAAUGCGUGUGAUGACUAUGGGGAACAAUGGAGCAGCCACCAGACCGAUCCGGCGAAUCCUCCUCCACCCACAGUACGACCAGUUCACCUCUGACUAUGACAUCGCCCUUCUCGAGCUCAGCGCUCCUGUCUUCUUCAAUGACUUGGUGCAGCCUGUGUGUGUCCCCGCCUCCUCACACACCUUCACCACAGGGACCAGCUGCUAUGUCACAGGCUGGGGGGUCCUCAUGGAGGACGGUGAGCUGGCCUCUCGCUUACAAGAGGCCUCAGUGAAGAUCAUCAACAGGAACACUUGUAACAAACUAUAUGAUGACGCCGUCACUCCCAGGAUGCUGUGCGCUGGGAACUUGCAGGGAGGGGUGGACGCCUGCCAGGGUGAUUCGGGAGGUCCGUUGGUGUGUCUAGAGCGUGGCAGACGGUGGUUCCUGGCGGGGAUCGUGAGCUGGGGUGAAGGCUGCGCGAGGCAGAACCGUCCCGGCGUCUACACACAGGUGGUCAAGUUCACUGACUGGAUCCAUCAGCAGACUAAAGGACAGGUGUGACUGAACACCAGACUGCCACGAGCAAAACGACAGACUUAACACACAGGACGAAGGCUUCAGAUGUGGAGUCAUCUCCAGACUGCUGUCAUGACAACACAUUCACUCAGUUUUUGAGAGCAUGUUCAUGGCAAACACACCAGUGGGGGCAUCAUCCCUGCUAAACCAACCAGCUUCCGUACAGUCUCUGCUAGCUCAGACCUGGUCUCAAACAGUGGCUAUGUUGACGUGCACAAAAACUUCAGCACUUAACCUGAAUAUUAAAUUAACUUGGUUCUGGGUCACUGCACAUAAAUGUUAGAAUUUGCUUGGAAUGCAUUACUUAGAUGACAAGAUUUAUGAUGAAAUACUCCAAAAUAAGAUUUUAUGCUGUAAAAACACACUCUGCACACAUGUAGACUGAACUGUGGGUCAGUAUUUAUUUUUAUCACAAAAAAUAUUGGUACAUGCUACUUACAAAUCUUACGAUCCAAAUUUUCCUCCUAUUUAUUAGAUGAAACUUGGCACUCAUUAUCUCAUGUCUAUAGUUUUCAAAAGAAAGUUUUAAAAAUUUUAAUUUAUCAGAAAAACUUUAAAAACAAUUUAAGUGAAAAUCUGAUUAUUACAAACACCAUCUGCUGCGCAAACACUUUGGGACGUGACUUAAUCAACAGCUCAUUUCCUUUUUCUCCAUAUUUUUGCUCUCUGCUUUCAGUUUAUAUAAGGCAUCUUCUGAGCUGGACUUGCCACAAGAGGCCCUCAGUCAUUGUAAACUUGGCCUUCUCGCAGCUAAAAGCACAAAUUUUAUUUGCGAAGGAUCAUAAAUCCAAGUAGAAAUCUGGUUAACUGUUCUGCUUUCAGAAAAUCUAAAAAAACAAAAAAACUAAUAUAUUUAUCUCUGUUAAAUGCAUUUUGUGGUCUACAGUUUUGGAAGUAACAGUGUGUUUAAGUCUCUGCACCAAAGACCAGCCUGUAGCAGAUGGAUAGGUCAGUACCUACGUAAACAUCAGGCUUCAAAGCAGAUUGGAGGUUGGCCAAAGUACGACCAGGAGCCAGGUUAUGCUCUGCAUGCUUCUGUUGCCAGUUACCUCCUGCUUCCUAAUGUCUCUACCCUUCCUCUUUUUCCUGUCCCGGUUGCACUGUUCACAACCGAGUUGGCGAAUAUUGGGGCUGCCAAAAAAAAAUCAGUCUUUUUAUUGGAUGUGGAAACAGUUCUCUCCCCACAAUAUGUAACCGUGUAUUUUUGCCCUCGUCUCCAUUCUUCCAUGUACUGUAUAUGUGUGUUCACAGACUCACUGUAUGUGUUGUUUUUGUACUGUAUGUGUAUGUAUGUGUUUUUGUAUAUCAUGCGUUUUAUCUGAAUCAUAGCCUUAUGUUAAAUAUAUUCUGUAGUUGAGUGAAUAAUCCCUCAAUAGGAAGUGGUAAUAUAUUUUUCAUUUCAGAUUUACUGUGAGGUUUUAAUUUAUCUUUACGGUGCCUCCUCUCUACUUCAUGCUCAAUGCUCCUCAUAAAACCAUAAUGCAGCUGAUGCUGGUGUACACACUGGCAUUUUCCCAGGUCUCACGUCUCAUUCAGCUCACAUCACCACCCAGUGGCCAAUCUGUACUAUUGCCUCUUUUACUGUAUUUCCUGAGGGGGUGAUGCACCUUACACCCAAAGCAUUGCUAAAUGAUAUCAGAGUAAAUGCCUUUAUAUUAAAGACACCUGUUUCUCGUCAAAA